AUGGGUGGUUUACCUCCCUGCGGGGACUCGGUGAGAACAGUUAAGGAUUAUAGACGUCAGACCGUCACUGCCCAAAAGUGGCCUUCACAAGUAGAAGCCGACCAUCGAAUCGAUUUCUCGGCGGCCGACACUCACGGCGUUAGUAUGCCGCAUAACGAUCCGCUCCUCAUUGAUAUUGGAAUUGGUGAGUGCCAGAUCACAAAGGUUCUCGUCGACACUGGCAGUUCAGUCGACCUCAUCAUUCGAGACACGCUCGAUAAAAUGGGGGUCGACCUACGCGACAUGAAGACCUCCUCACGCACUCUCACGGGGUUCAGGGGCUCCUCGGAACAGAUGAUCGGAACGAUACGUCUCCCAGUUUAUGCAGGUGACGUAACCCGCACCGUUAAGUUCUCUGUCGUCCGGGCUAAAGCACCUUACAACGCCAUCCUCGGUACACCCUGGUUACACUCCAUGAAGGCCAUUCCCUCCACUUAUCACCAGUGCGUUAAGUUUCCUGGGAAAGACGGAGCAACGCAGAAAAUCCGUGGGGACCAACGGGCUGCGAGAGAACUGCUUAUCGCCGUAGUCAAAUUACAACAGUCAACCUCCCUCGUCAGCGCGGUCAACAAACCAAUCCAUAAGAUCUAUCCUCAGAAGGAGGAAAUCCGCGAGUUACCCAUCGACGAGGCUGACUUAUCAAUGGUCGUGCGCAUUGGCGCUUAUCUCUUCGACGAAAUGCAAUCGCUGAUCAUUCCCUUCUUCAAAGAGAAUGCCUCAACCUUUACGUGGGUAACUUCUGAUAUGAAGGGAAUAGAUCCUGCAAUAACAUCUCAUGAAUUGAACGUUGACCCGACGUUCAAACUUAUUCGACAGAAGAGGCAAAAACUCGGGCCCGAACGGUCUAAAGCAGUAAACGAGGAAGUUGAUAGGUUGCUCGACGCAGGAUUCAUAGCCGAAGUACGGUACCCAGAGUGGCUGGCAAAUCCCGUCGUCGUAAAGAAGAAAAACGGGAAGUGGCGCAUCUGUGUUGACUUCACUGAUUUGAACAAAGCAUGCCCGAAAGACAACUACCCCCUCCCGCAUAUCGACCGCUUAGUAGAGUCGACCGCCGGAAAUGAGCUCCUAACCCUUAUGGAUGCUUUUUCGGGUUACAAUCAAAUCAUGAUGCAUACGGAUGAUCGCGAGAAAAUGGCAUUCAUAACAGACAGAGGGACAUAUUGCUACAAAGUCAUGCCUUUCGGCCUGAAGAACGCAUGA